AUGGACCCGGCCGCUGGCAAUGAAUCUGGGACCCCGGAUUUCGUGCUGCUGGGGCUGUGGGCCCCACCGGCCCUGCGGCCCCUGCUGUGGACCGCGCUGCUGGCCGCCUAUCUGGCUACCGUGCUGGGCAACGGCGCGCUGGUGGGGCUGAUCGCGCUGGACCGGCGGCUGCAGCGGCCCAUGUACCUCCUGCUGUCGCACCUGGCGCUGCUGGACGCGGCCUACGUGAGCACCACGCUGCCCCAGGCGCUGGCUCACAUGGCCGCGCGCCGCGCUCGCCUCUCGCGGGCGCGCUGCGGGGCGCAGCUCUAUUUGGGCCUCUCCCUGGGCAGCUGCGAGGCGCUGCUCUUGGCUGCCAUGGCCCUUGACCGCAGCCUGGCGGUGUGUCGGCCCCUGCGCUACACCGCGCUGGUGACCCCUCUGCGGUGCGCCGCGCUAGCCGGCGCCGCCUGGACUCUGGGCUUCGCGCUGUCGGUGCCCAACGCGGCGGCCGCGCUGCGCCUGCGCUUCUGUACGGGGAGGCCGGCGGUGGACCACUUCUUCUGCGAGCUGCCCGCGGUGCUGAGGACGGCUUGCGCAGACACCACCGCCAACCACAGGCUGAUCUAUGGCCUCGGCGUGCCCACACUCCUGGUGCCCCUGGCCUUCAUCCUCGCCUCCUACGCCUCGAUUCUGGUGGCGGUGGGCAAGCUGCCUUCCGCCAGGAGCCGCCUGAAGGCCCUGUCCACCUGCAGCUCACACCUGGCCGUGGUCGGGCUCUUCUAUGGCACGGUGAGCGCCAUGUAUCUGCGCCCGCGCGCCUCCAGCGCCCUCCCCGCCAGGCAGCACAAGCUGGUGGCCGUCUUCUACCUUGUGGUCACGCCUGUCCUGAAUCCGCUCAUCUACAGCCUCCGAAACCGCGAGGUCCACGCGGCAGCGCGCCAUGCCCUGGCCCGACUGCGGGGCCGCCGCGCUGCGCUGGGCUGA